UCCCAGUUAGUGAGCAAUAUUGAGGGCCGUCCCAGUUAGUGCCACAUGAACCAAGCGGCUAAGCCCCCAAAACAAUCCUAAAAACACGGGCUUCUUAACACAGUAGCACUCUAGCAGGGUGCACUUACUUCUGAACUCACCACCAUAAGCAGAGUUGCAUUCACAGACGAAGACGACGAUAUAGGGUGUGCUGAAUUAGCGGGAAACCAAAAAGCACAGUAAACCUCGCAGGAGAGAGAAAGAGAGAGAAGAUGACGGAGAAAGGUAAAGGAGGAAAGGGUGGGAAGGCAGGCGAGUUAACGGUGGACGAGAAGUACACUCAGUGGAAAUCUCUGGUACCCAUUCUUUACGAUUGGCUUGCUAACCACAAUCUUGUUUGGCCUGCUCUUUCUUGUCGAUGGGGUCCACUUAUUGAGGAAGCCACUUACAAGCAUCGGCAGCGUCUUUAUCUCUCUGAACAGACUGAUGGGAGUGUUCCAAAUACACUUGUUAUUGCAAAUGUUGAAGUUGUUAAGCCUAGGGUUGCUGCUGCAGAGCAUAUAUCUCAGUUUAAUGAAGAGGCUCGCUCUCCAUUUGUUAAGAAGUUCAAAACCCUCAUACAUCCAGGGGAGGUGAACAGGAUCAGAGAACUCCCGCAGAACAGUAACAUAGUGGCAACACACACUGAUAGCCCUGACGUUUUAAUUUGGGAUGUGGAAAAUCAACCUACUCGUCAUGCAGUUCUAGGAGCUCAUAGCUCUCGUCCAGAUCUGAUAUUGACUGGACACCAGGAAAAUGCUGAAUUUGCUCUUGCAAUGUGCUCUUGUGAACCGCUGGUGCUUUCUGGAGGGAAGGAUAAAUUAGUGGUUUUGUGGAGUAUAAAUGAUCAUAUCUCAACAUUGGCUACAGAACCAGGGGCCGCAAAGUCCACUUCUUCUGGCAGCAAUAUCAAAUCGGCAUCUAAGUCUGGUGAUGGAAAUAAUGGAAAUACAGCUAGUCCUUCAGUUGAAGCACGUGGCAUCUACAAGGGACAUGACGAUACUGUUGAGGAUGUACAAUUUUGCCCCACGAGUGCGCAGCAGUUUUGCAGCGUGGGUGAUGAUUCCUGCCUAAUACUGUGGGAUUCAAGAACUGGAUUGACUCCAGUCACUAAGGUUGAAAAGGCCCAUGAUACUGAUCUGCAUUGUGUUGAUUGGAACCCUCAUGAUGAAAACUUCAUUUUGACUGGAUCAGCUGAUAAUUCAGUUCACAUGUUUGAUCGGAGAAAUCUCACUAAGGAUGGAGUUGGAUCACCUGUCCAUAAAUUUCAGGGCCACAGCGAUCCUGUCCUUUGUGUACAGUGGUCCCCGCAUAAUAGAUCAGUUUUUGGCAGCGCUGCUGAGGAUGGCCUGCUGAACAUAUGGGAUUAUGAAAAGGUUGGUGAAAUGCAACCAGAGAGUGGAAACAAAAUGUCGGAUUGUCCAGCAGGUUUAUUUUUCAAGCAUGCAGGACACAGGGACAAAGUGGUCGACUUCCACUGGAAUUCAAUUGAUCCGUGGACUAUUGUCAGUGUUUCAGACGAUUGCUCAAGCUCUGCUGGAGGAGGAACGUUGCAGAUGUGGCGCAUUAUUGAUUUGCUUUACCGACCAGAAGAUGAUGUCCUGGCGGAGUUGGAGAAGUUCCGAUCUCAUGUAACCACAUGCUCCUCUUAGAUCGUACUGUACAAGGAUAUUAGAACAUGUUUAGGCUGUGUUUGAACUUUGAAGGGUGCAAAUAUCACUCUUUUGAACGUGAAAUCUGUGUUUUUGGGAUGGGUGAACGUUUGUUUGACCCUUUUGCAAAAUGUAACCUUGAAUGCUGAAUUUACUACGCCGUUUCUAAAUCUGAUGGUCUGAUAAGGGCAUCACUCCCUCUGUCCCAAAACAAUAGUCCAAUAUACUAAAGUAUGUUCGGAAAAAAUUGUCCAUUUGCCUUUU